AUGAAUUCCGUUGAUGCAUCCGAGCAUUACGAGCUAGGAGCCACCGAGCUCGCUCCAUCUCUCCUAACCAUUAUUCUCGACACAAAUCCACACGCCUGGAAAGCUCUCGAAGGCUCUCUCCCACUCGCCAAGGCCGUCGCAAACCUCCUCGUCUUCAUCAAUGCUCACUUAGCCUGCAACUACGCCAAUGAAGUGGCAGUCGUCGCAUCACAUACCCAAAAAGCAGCAUGGCUGUACCCCGUUUCUGGCCAGAAGAGCGAGUCUCUAGAUCAGGACGGCGAUGUCUCGAUGAAUACCCCGAACGGCGGACCAUCCAUAACUCAGACAAAUAAAUAUCGACCUUUUCGACUAGUCGAGGAACAAGUCACCCGGAACUUGAAAGAAUUGCUCGAGCCUACAGGUGGCGAUGAUAUCCAAGGAAAUACGUCAACCAUGUUAGCCGGUGCCCUAACACUAGCAUUGAGCAAUAUUAAUCGACGAACAAUCGCCUGGGCUGACGAGCAUGGCGGUCCUGAUCUAGAAGAUGGAGCUGGUGAAGGAAACGGGAAACGUACUGGUCCAGGCUCAUCAAACCGAUAUGCCGAUAAUGACAGCGAGCGGUUACAGAGCCGCAUCCUGAUCGUAUCCGUUAGUGGUUCCACCGACUCGGCGCAUCAGUACAUCCCCGUUAUGAAUAGCAUUUUCGCCUGUCAGCGUCUUCACAUCCCCAUCGAUGUUUGUAAACUCAGUGGAGACGCGGUGUUUUUGCAGCAGGCUUGUGAUGCUACGAAGGGGGUGUACAUGGCCUUGUCGGAGCCACGCGGAUUACUCCAGUAUUUGAUGAUGGCGUUCCUACCGGAUCAAAGAUCCCGGCGUCAUCUUGUACUGCCUACACGGGUGGAUGUGGAUUUCCGUGCCGCUUGCUUUUGUCAUCGUCGGGUCGUGGAUAUUGGGUACGUGUGCUCGAUUUGCUUGAGUAUUUUUUGUGACCUGCCACUUGAUAAUCAUUGUUUAACAUGUGGUACACCUUUGGAUCCGGGGGAUUUGGGUGUUAAACCAGCACUUCUCCCAAGGAAGAAGAAAAGGAAGAAGCGAGUCAAUGAGGCUUCGACGGCUGGGACGCCCAUGUCUACUCCCACGCCUGGACCUUGA